UAUAUAAGCAUAAGAACAUGAAAGUAAUCUGUGCCGGUUUCCCGAAAACAGGGACCAAGACCAUGUACGCGGCUCUACGCGAGCUCGGCUACUCAGUCUACGACUUCGACGAAAACUUCUGGUUUCUUCGGCGAGAGUGGAUGAAGAUUCUAUCGGGACAGAGUGAGGAUUCGGACUUGUGGAGAGAAAUGUACUCAGACGUGGACGCGGUUACAGAUCUCCCUGCAAGUUUCUUUUGGCGAGAAAUACACAGAGCAUUCCCGGAAGCCAAAAUAGUAUUAACGUUACGGGAAGACUCUUCUACGUGGUUGGACAGCAUGAACCAUCAAAUACAAGUUUUAGAAGAUAAUUUCAUCUUCCGUCUCAUGUGCUUUGUCUGCCCAACCGCGAUUUGGAUGCGUUUCAUGGUUAACGCUAUAGGGAAAGUUGUUUUCAACGCGGCUCCAAUUUGGCCGUGGCAGUGGAACUAUGUUAGUAGAUCAAACGGGGUUCGCAUGAAAGAGGUGUACGACAAGCAUAACGAGAAUGUAUUACAGUUUGCGCCGAAAGACAAACUUUUAGUGUUCCGGUGUCAGGAGGGUUGGUCUCCGCUGUGCAAAUUCCUCAAUAAGCCGAUCCCGGAUAAACCUUUUCCACAUAAAAACAUACGCGGAGGCGUCGUCGCUGAAAAGCUGCUCGAAAAUUCUCCACUAAUAUGCAGAUUGCAACUGGAAUUCAAAGUCGCCAUCGCAACCGUUCUAAUACCAGUCGUGUAUCUCUUUUUCCGUAACUUUUGGCUGAAGUAAUUGUCUUUUUUGACCGUAUAUGUAACUUAAGUUACGGUAAUAAGUUAUAUAUAACCGAGGGCUAUAUGCGGGCACGUUUUCGAGUCGUGUGAUUGGGGAGGGGGUCAUCUUACGAACACGCGCAAAAUCGAGAUGCAAGUGCAGGAAUUGUCGUGUUUUUUUUUCUACCGUUUUAAUAUUUUUGUAUAAAUACAUUUAAUACGUGAGGACCGCUAUGUUAUGUUUCACUUGUCAGUUUAUGCAGCCCAAUUAAUGAAACCUUCACAGUUACACAGGAUUUUUUAAGUUUAAUGCUUUAAAAGUACGUAUAUAUGCGUAUGUUAUAAAAAACAUCUUCUGCCAAUUGUUUGUUUUGUGAUUGUGAUAUUAAAUGACCGACGUUUUCUUGGAAAAAGAAACUUAAACCGAAACAAUGACUCACAGUAUAAGGUAGACGAAACACCGGUUAUAUCACAAAACAAAACGCCAGAAGUCCUCCUUGACCUCCUUGACACACCUGGCGAUGCAUGUUGCAAAUAGCGUGUUAAAAUAUCCAUCUUGUUGGUGUCUUGUUCGCAACUUAUGCAUCUUAAAGUCGCAAGCACCACGCAUUUGGUAAUUAAUGUUUAAACAGUGUUAAAAUUUACCAUUUUUUAGUACAAACAUUACAACAUGUAUGUCUACGGUACGAUUGUCUUUAUUUCUUCUUAUUUCCAAAAAUAUUAUACUUGAGAUAAACAACCGCUCUUUUUCCAAACACCUUCUAAAGCUAAACUAUACUCGCAUAUGAUACUUUUACAUGGUGCUUACGACAGCAAGCGACCACAAAACGCACAUAAAACCAUCAAAACUGUAUGUGGACGGCGGAAGUAUGGAUGUCGUGAGGAUACGGUUUUAUGAUUCGUAAUGGGUCAAGUCUGUAGUGGAUAUGUAAAUAUGACUCAUUUCAUGAGUUUAAUAGACAAUGACGGUACAAAAAAAUCCACGCACUGCGAUUUAUUUGGAAUUCGACAAAUCAUCCAAUAAAAUCAUUCGGAUUUCUUGGACCGUGAAUAGUUUUUCGAAAAAUAUGAAACGAAUCCAGUUCAAGCCUGUUGUAUUUCUGUAACGAAUAUUCGACAGUUGCGCAUAUUUAUAUAUAGAUAUAUCAGCAUAGAAAAGUGUAAGUACAGGUGAAAUUCUAAUAUCGAUACUCGGUGCUAGUUGUUAAAAAUAAAA